AUGGUGAUAUGUCCCCCGUUUAAGUGGUCUUCUAAGGGUGGUUUUAAUUUAAGUAAUAUUUCGAACGGCGUUGACAAGAAGACGCGCCGUGAAACCAUUAUCGGAUUACCUGACAAUGACACGGACUUUAAGCGAGUCAACACCGAAGAACGAACUUCGACUAGUGUAAAACUCGUUCAACACAUCCAAAUACCUCCGCAAGCGGACAAAAAAAAUAGCAAGAUAAGUGUUGAAAGUGGGGAAUCGGUCUCUACUUUCAGUAAUGACCACAACCGUAAAAGUAGUACUGGUCGUAAAACCAUAUCAGAAAUAGUUAGAGGGGAUCCGGAAAAACGUGAGAAGCAACGCAGGAAAAGAGGGAUUAUUGCUCCACAUCCUACAUUUGACGCAGCACGCUCACUGACUGACUUACAGUAUGAUGUCUUUGAAAAAGAUGAAAGGUCGGCAGAGCAAAUACGAAAGGCUAUUAUGAUGAAUGAUUUCUUAAGAAAUUUAAUGGAUGACGAAAGACUCAAUGCUGUAGUUGGUGCAAUGAUGACACAAGAUUUCGAAGCUGGAAGUCUCAUCAUUCGUGAAGGAGAGAGUGGAAGUCAUCUGUUUGUUUCGGCUUCAGGACAAUUUGAAGCAUUAAAAAGCGGCCAAGUCGUUAAGAACUUUGGACCAGGCGAAGUUUUUGGUGAACUGGCAAUCUUAUAUAAAGCCAAACGAUUCGCUUCAAUACGAUGUAUAACCGAGGCGAGGGUGUGGACAUUAGAGAGAAGAGUCUUUCAAAAAAUCAUGGUUCGAAGUGAACGCCAGGAACAGGAAGACAAUAUUCGUUUUCUUUCUUCUGUGCCGCUUCUGCAAGAAAUACACCAUAUUGAAUUAGCACAAAUAUCCGAUUUCUUAAAAAGAGAAUUCUUCUCCACCGGUACAGCGGUGGUCAGACAAGGCGAUCGUGGAGAUAAGUUCUACAUUAUUCGCGGUGGGGAGGUGGUUGUUACGAAGCGUGAAGGGGAUGAUGGAGAAAAACGGAUCGGAGUGUUGAAACGCGGUGAUUACUUCGGGGAGCAAGCAUUGCUGUACGAAGACCGACGCCUUGCGACAGUAACUGCUUUGCCGCCGGGCGUGGAAUGCCUGACUCUGGAUCGCGGACCGUUCACUGAAUUUCUUGGAAAUUUGGAGAAAUUGAAGAACAUACGCCACUCAGUGCCCCGUCCAUCGCAGCAGAAGAAAACAUCUCAAGUUAAAAGCGAAUUCGAGUAUGUUGAACUUAAAGAUCUAGAAAUAGUGGGAACGAUGGGUGUAGGUGGCUUCGGUCGUGUUGAGUUAGUGCAGUACAAGCCUGCACCGAAACUAACGUUCGCCCUGAAAUGUCUCAAGAAAAUCGAGAUGGUACAGCAACAGCAACAAGAGCAUGCGUACAAUGAGAAGAAUAUCAUGAUGAGUUGUAAGAGCCCGUUUAUAUGCAGAUUGUAUCGCACAUUCAAAGAUAAAAAAUACAUUUAUUUUCUAAUGGAACCGGUAUUGGGUGGCGACGUGUGGACUAUACUACAGAAACAGCGUUUCUUUCCAGAAAACGUUGCUAAGUUCAUAGCCGCCUGCGUCACAGAAGCUUUCCAAUACUUGCAUUCGAAAGAUAUCAUUUACAGAGACCUCAAACCCGAAAAUCUAAUGCUCGAUAAAUACGGCUACAUCAAAUUGGUCGACUUCGGAUUUGCUAAACGUAUUUCGCCGAAUAGUAAGACAUGGACGUUUGCCGGAACACCCGAGUACGUUGCGCCAGAAAUCGUACUAAACAAGGGUCACGACCGGGCAGUUGACUGUUGGGCUUUGGGCGUAUUGAUCCAUGAGCUACUCGUCGGCAACUCUCCGUUCCGUGCCCGGGGCGGGGAUCACAUGAAAACCUACACUCUAAUAUUGAAAGGAAUCGAUGUAGUAGAUUUUCACCCGAGAGUUUUGAAGUCUGCUCAAAUGCUCAUACGCAAGCUAUGCAAAGCUGUGCCCAGUGAAAGGCUCGGAUACCUCAAAAAUGGCAUGGCUGAUGUCAAAAAUCACAAAUGGUUCCUCGGAUUCGACUGGGACGGUCUCCGAGAAAAAAGACUGAAAGCGCCAUUAAUUCAAGCAGUAGCCAACGACCUUGACCUGUCCAACUUCGAAAAAUACCCACAAGAGAAACUGCCACCAGACGAAACGUCUGGCUGGGACUUAGAUUUCUGA